GAGCGUGGGGGUGGCAGGCUCUGUGGCCGGGGAGGGACAGCUGAGGCGGGCCGGCCAGCGUCCCCUGCGCUCGGUCAGGGCCGGCUGACCCGGGCCCGGAGGGGAGGCGUGUGCGGAGCCUGGCCCUGCCGGCCGGUGGCCCCCGGCGCCGCACCUGGGCCCCGCGCGGGCUGUGACAGGUGCGCGGAUCCCCGCCGGCCCGCCCCCUCCGGACCUCGCCGGCCGGGGCUCGGGAUGAGCCGCUGGCUGCGGCGGUAGAGCGGCCGCCGCCCCUGCGGUCGGUCGGGCUGGAGCGAGGGAAGCCGCCGCGGCCGCCCCCCACACCCCCGGAGCCCGGGCGGGCAGGAGCUGGACGCGGCGUCCGUUGCGGAUCUGAAGCGCCGUCAUGAACCUGCACCAGGUGCUGACCGGGGCGGUGAACCCCGGCGACCACUGCUUCUCGGUGGGCAGCGUGGGCGACCAGCGCUUCACGGCUUAUGCAUCUGGAUGUGACAUUGUAAUCCUGGGAAGUGAUUUUGAAAGGCUACAAAUAAUUCCAGGAGCUAAACAUGGAAAUAUUCAAGUAGGAUGUGUAGACUGUUCAAUGCAGCAAGGCAAGAUUGCAGCCUCCUAUGGAAAUAUCAUCUCUGUUUUUGAACCAGUUAACAUACCAAAACAAAAGAAAAAUUUGGAAUUAUGUAGUCAGUGGCAGAAGAGUGGCCAAUUUUUUCUGGAGUCAAUAGCACACAAUAUAACUUGGGAUCCCACAGGCAGUCGUCUUCUGACUGGCUCCAGCUGUUUGCAACUCUGGUCCAACACUAGCUUGGAGAAGCCAACUGAGGAAGAAAGUCAAGAUAGGACAGACCUUGACUUUGGGGACUGGAGAUGCAUUUGGCAUUGCAAAACUGCUUCCCAAGUUCAUUUAAUGAAAUUUUCACCAGAUGGAGAAUUUUUUGCCACUGCUGGGAAGGAUGAUUGUCUUUUAAAGGUUUGGUAUAAUGUGGAAACUUGGCGACCAGCUGUUACCUCUCCAGAUACAAGUUCAGAGAAACAAUCCCAAGGAGAAAUUGACUUUUCUUUUGUUUAUCUGGCCCAUCCUCGAGCUGUAAAUGGAUUUUCCUGGCGUAAAACAAGCAAAUAUAUGCCUAGGGCUUCAGUCUGUAAUGUAUUGUUGACCUGCUGCAAAGAUAAUGUGUGUCGUCUCUGGGUAGAGACGUUUCUACCCAAUGAUUGUGUGCUGUAUGGAGGUGACUGCAGUCAAUGGACUGAGCCAGUUAAUUUAACAAACAACUGCAAGAGGACUACUUCCAGUAAAGAGCGGGUUCAGAAUGCUUUAGAAGUGAAUCUGAGACAUUUUCGUAGAGGUCGUAGCAGAUCACUGGCAUUGGUUGCCAACACAGGGUACCUACCGCAUCAGCAGGAUCCACACCAUGUCCACAGGAACACUCCCCUGCAUGCCAAUGCCCUUUGCCACUUUCAUAUUGCAGCAAGCAUCAACCCAGCCACAGACAUUCCACUUCUUCCGUCUAUUACGUCUCUGAGUUUCAGUGAACAUGAAGACAAGAAUGGCCCUUUCGUGGUGCACUGGCUGAACAACAAAGAGCUGCAUUUUACCUUGUCUAUGGAAGUGUUUCUGCAGCAACUGAGAAAAAGUUUUGAACAACCAUCUUCUGAAGCCAGUGGAGAAGACUCUAAUCAGGCAGAUGUAAAAUCUGAUGAGGAGAUGGAUGAUGAUGUUGAUGAACUGAAAAUAAAUCAUGAAAAGAAGGACUCGGGCAGUGAUAAAAUGGGAGGCGGCUUAAGUUUCUCCCCGUUGCCGUCCGCUGCCGUCGAACAUCAGAUUGAAGUGCUGCUAUCAGAGUGGAGUAAAAAUGCUGACAUGCUUUUCAGUAUUCACCCCAUCGAUGGGUCCUUGCUAGUCUGGCAUGUGGAUUGGCUGGAUGAAUACCAGCCUGGUAUGUUUCGUCAAGUUCAGGUGUCCUUUGUUUCCAGAAUACCUGUAGCUUUCCCCACAGGUGACGCCAACUCUCUGUGUAAAAGCAUAGUGAUGUAUGCGUGUACCAAGAAUGUUGACCUGGCUAUUCAGCAAGGGAAGCAGAAGCCUUCGGGCCUGACUCGCUCCACGUCAAUGCUUAUCUCUUCUGGUCACGGCAAAUUAACAAAUAGUUUGAAAUUAAGUAUCUUUACCCCUAAUGUUAUGAUGAUUUCAAAGCAUGAUGAUGGCUCUCUGAAUCAGUGGCUGGUUAGUUUUGCUGAGGAAUCUGCCUUUUCUACAGUUCUCAGUAUUUCCCACAAAUCCAGAUACUGUGGCCAUCGCUUUCAUCUGAACGACUUAGCUUGCCACUCAGUGUUACCGCUGUUACUGACGACAUCGCAUCACAAUGCAUUGCGGACGCCAGAUGUUGAUAAACAGAAGCAGCCUUCUGAUGCUGGCAAUAUUGACGAAUGUCCUUUACCACAACAGAAUAAAGGCUCUGUUGAUGUGGCGUUUCAGGAUCCCAAUGCAGUUUAUAGUGAACUGAUUCUUUGGAGGGUUGAUCCAGUUGGGCCAUUGUCUUUUUCUGGAGGAGUUUCCGAACUUGCCCGGAUUAAUUCACUUCAUGUUUCUGCCUUUUCCAAUGUGGCGUGGCUACCUACACUCAUACCUAGUUACUGUCUAGGUGCAUACUGCAACUCUCCCAGUGCAUGCUUUGUAGCAAGUGAUGGACAGUAUCUAAGAUUGUAUGAAGCGGUUAUUGAUGCUAAGAAACUUCUAUGUGAACUUUCCAACCCUGAAAUUUCUAAAUAUGUUGGUCAAGUAUUUAAUAUUGUUAGCCAACAGUCAACAGCCAGACCAGGAUGUAUCAUUGCGUUAGAUCCCAUAACCCAACUUCAUGGCAGAAAAACUCAGCUGCUUCAUGUUUUUCAAGAAGACUUCAUUUUCAAUAGCCUUGAGAAGAAAAGUCUGGGAAAAGGUAGCGCUUUGUCUGAUGCAGGCAGCUCUCCUAGAGGAUUUUCUGAAAAAUUCUACCUAGUUGUAAUAGAAUGCACUCAAGAGAACCGUUCUCUGCUACAGAUGUGGAAUUUACAUUUAAAGUCAGUUCCUGUCUCUUUGGAUGAAAAAGCAGAUAUAAAAAUAUCUGAAGCAGUUUGGCAGCCAGAAGAUCAUUAUUCUCCCUCUCCAGAGAAGAUCCUGUCUCCUUUUUCACAGAAGUAUCAAGCUUGCAGAGCCAAUCUCCAGAGUACCAGCAAGUUGAUGCUGUCCUCAGAAAUGGUCUAUAGCCAGGAACUGGAUUUGCCAGAAGGAGUUGAGAUAAUAAGUGUGAAGCCAUCAGCAGGACAUCUGAGUUCUUCUUCCAUAUAUCCUGCAUGCAGUGCUCCUUACUUACUGGCAACUUCAUGCUCAGAUGAGAAAGUACGAUUCUGGAGGUGUAGAGUGACACGCGGAGAAUCUGCCACAUCGAGGGAUGGAGAAGCAGAUGUUGUGUACAUUUGGGAAGAGUGGCCAUUGCUCAUUGAAGAUGGACUUCAGAACAACAGUAGUGUAACCGUGCCUGGUAGGCCUGUAGAAGUCAGCUGUGCACACACAAGUCGCUUAGCCGUAGCUUACAAGCAGCAUGCAUCUGGUAGUAGGUCCUCUGAGGAGUUUGUGAUGCAUGUAAGUAUUUUUGAAUGUGAGUCUACAGGAGGUUCAUGUUGGGUCCUCGAACAGACAAUUCAUUUAGAUGAAUUAAGCACCGUGUUGGAUUCUGGCAUUAGUGUUGAUAGUAAUUUAGUGGCCUAUAAUAAACAAGAGGCAUAUUUUUUUAGUAAAGAAAGUAUCUCGUUAAACACAAAGCAUUUAGUUCACUUAGAUUGGAUGUCUAGAGAAGAUGGCUCUCAUAUCCUGACGGUAGGAAUUGGAUCCAAGCUUUUUAUGUAUGGACCCUUGGCUGGCAAGGUCCAGGAACAGACUGGUAAGGAAAGCCUGGCAUUUCCUCUCUGGGAGAGUACUAAAGUUGUAGUUCCAUCUAAAUUUGUACUGUUACGCAGUGUGGACUUGGUUUCCUCUGUAGAGGGCUCCCCUCCGUUUCCUGUUUCUUUAUCCUGGGUGCGGGAUGGCAUCCUUGUGGUAGGAAUGGAUUGUGAAAUGCACGUGUAUUCCCAGUGGCAACCAUCUUCUAAACAAGAACCUGUUGUGGCAGAUUCGUUCAGUGGGAGCACUCCUUCCAUAACAAGUUUAAUGAGACAGAGUAACUCGUCCAGUUCUGGGUUACAUCCUCCAAAGAGAAUUCUGACUCGAUCCAUGACCAGUCUGGCACAGAAGAUCUGUGGGAAGAGAACUGCGUUAGAUCCUUCAGUGGACAUGGAAGAUUCAGGUCUUUUUGAAGCAGCUCAUGUUCUUUCCCCAACUUUACCUCAGUAUCAUCCUCUGCAGCUUUUGGAACUCAUGGAUCUUGGCAAAGUUCGGAGAGCAAAGGCCAUUUUGUCGCACCUUGUCAAGUGUAUUGCUGGGGAGGUUGUGGCUGUGAAUGAUGAGGCAGAGUCCAGUCACGAGCGUCGCCUGAGGUCUCUCACCAUCAGUGCCAGCGGAAGCACCAGCAGAGACCCCCAGGCGUUCAACAAGGCUGAGAACACAGACUACACAGAGAUCGAGUCCGUCCCUCCGCUUCCUCUGUAUGCCUUACUUGCGGCAGAUGACGAUAGCUGCCACUCGUCUUUGGAUAAGGCUAGUGAUGAGAACACGUUAAAUAAGGCAAAGCAGUUGUCCAAAGAAAGCUAUGAUGAGCUUUUUCAGACUUCGAGUCUGAUGACAGAUGCUCAUGUUUUAGAGACCGAUGAAGAAAAGAAUAAGCCCAAAGUUAUUGACCUUUCACAGUACAGUCCAAAUUACUUUGGUCCUGAGCAUGCUCAAGUCCUUUCCGGCCACUUACUUCAUUCCAGUUUACCAGGACUCAGUCGGAUGGAGCAGAUGUCCUUGAUGGCCUUAGCAGAUACCAUUGCCACCACCAGUACUGAUAUUGGAGAGAGCAGAGACAGAAGCCAAGGUGGGGAAACUCUUGAUGAAUGUGGGUUAAAGUUUCUGCUGGCUGUUCGACUUCAUACAUUUCUUAUGACUUCCCUUCCGGCGUAUCGAGCCCAGCUUGUUCAUCAAGGCCUGUCCACUAGUCACUUUGCUUGGGCGUUUCACUCAGUAGCGGGAGAAGAACUGUUGAAUAUGCUGCCUGUGAUGCAGAAAGAUGAUCCCGCCUGGUCCGAGCUGAGAGCUAUGGGUGUGGGCUGGUGGGUCCGGGAUACCCGCGUCUUACGGAGAUGCAUAGAAAAAGUAGCCAAAGCAGCCUUUUUUAGGAAGAAUGAUCCUUUAGAUGCUGCAAUUUUUUAUCUUGCAAUGAAGAAGAAAGCUGUGAUUUGGGGAUUAUAUAGGUCCCAGAAGGACGCCAAAAUGACACAGUUUUUUGGACACAAUUUUGAGGAUGAGAGGUGGCGUAAAGCAGCUUUAAAAAAUGCUUUUUCUUUGCUAGGCAAACAGCGAUUUGAACAUUCUGCGGCAUUUUUUCUUUUAGCAGGUUGCCUCAAAGAUGCAAUUGAGGUAUGUCUUGAGAAACUGAAUGACAUUCAGUUGGCUCUUGUGAUAGCAAGACUCUAUGAGUCUGAGUUUGACACAUCUUCAACAUACAAAACUAUUUUACGUAAAAAGGUUUUAGGGAUUGGUUCCUCUGCCAGUGAACUCAGUUCAGUAAACAUGAAUAUACAUUGUGAUCCUUUUCUUCGAAGUAUGGCUUGUUGGAUUUUGGAAGAUUAUAGUGGUGCUCUUGAAACGUUAAUAAAGCAACCUAUCAGAGAGGAUGAUGAUCAAGUCAUGACCUCGGCCUGUAAUCCUGCAGUUUUUAAUUUCUACAAUUUCCUGAGAACACAUCCUCUUUUGCUGAGACGUCAUUUUGGGUCAUCAGAUACAUUUUCCACACACAUGAGUUUAACGGGGAAAAGUGGACUGGCAGGAACAAUUAAUUUGAGUGAAAGAAGAUUGUUUUUUACUACUGCAAGUGCUCAUUUAAAAGCUGGCUGUCCCAUGUUGGCUUUGGAAGUAUUAUCAAAGAUGCCCAAAGUCAUCAAGAAGGCAAAGCCAUUUUGCAGAGCACCUAGUUUUCUGGAUACUAGUAAAGAAUCUUCUCCCUUAAAAUUAUUUGCAAGAGAAGAGAAGUCUUCAGCUGUUGAUUGGUCAGAGUCAUUGACAAAUGGGUUUGGAUCAUCUUCAGAGUGUUCCUCGGAGAAGCAGUCAAACUCAACUCUUUCGUUUGACUGGAGCCAACCAAGUGUCGUGUUUCAGGAGGACUCUUUAGAGUUAAAAUGGGACAGUGAUAAUGAUGAAGAAAAUGAGGAUCUCCCCAUUUCUAUGAAAGAAAUAAAACCUUUACAGAGAAAGGUAGAUAAAAAAUCAGAGGAAACGAGUUACACAGACUCUUUCAGCACAGUAGAUGAAAAUGAUAUCUUGAAUCCAUCAGAAGAUAUAAUUGCAGUUCAGUUAAAAUUCAGAGCAUGUUUAAAGAUACUCACCGUAGAACUUCGAACCUUAUCUACUGGGUAUGAAAUAGAUGGUGGGAAACUGCGUUACCAGCUGUACCAUUGGCUGGAAAAAGAAGUGAUAGCUCUCCAGAGGACGUGUGACUUCUGCCCGGAUGCUGAAGAGCCACAGUCUACGGUCAGCAAACAUGGAGGGGAAUUUGGAGUAAAUGAGGAUACUGAAGAUUUGCCUCACCAAACGAAAGUGAAACAACUAAGAGAGAAUUGUCAGGAAAAAAGACAGUGGCUCUUGAAGUACCAGUCUCUCUUGCGGAUGUUUCUCAGUUACUGUGUGCUUCAUGGAUCCCAUGGUGGGGGCCUUGCCUCAGUAAGAAUGGAAUUGAUUCUUCUUUUACAAGAAUCUCAGCAGGAAACUUUAGAGCCGCUGUUUGCUAGCCCCUUGUCUGAGCAAACCUCAGUGCCUCUCCUCUUUGCUUGUACAGCCAGUGCCAAAACAGUAGUUGCCAAUCCAUUGUUACACCUCAGUAAUCUAACACACGAUAUCCUGCAUGCCAUAAUAAGCUUUGAGUCACCACCCCAUCCUGAUCUCCAAAGCGACAAAGUGUAUGUGAUGCACACGUUAGCAGCUUCACUUUCUGCUUGUAUUUACCAGUGCCUUUGUGGAAGUCAUAACUACAGUUCAUUCCAUACUAAUCAGUUUACUGGGAUGGUAUACCAGGGAAUACUGCUUCCUCAUCGGCAUUCUUUGAAAACAGGAAGCUUGGAUGAAGCUAUAACUCCCAAUACAUCACCAGCUCAGUGGCCAGGAAUCACUUGUUUGGUUCGGCUUCUGAAUUCUUCCGGUGAGGAAGCCCAGUCAGGGCUUACGGUCUUACUCUGUGAGAUUCUCACCGCCGUGUAUCUGAGUCUCUUCAUCCACGGCCUGGCCACUCACGCCAGUAAUGAACUGUUUCGCAUCGUGGCCCAUCCUCUAAAUGAGAAAAUGUGGUCCGCUGUGUUUGGUGGUGGUGCACACGUUCCUGACAAAGAGCCGACAGACUCACAAGCUUUACCUGUUUCUUCACUAGUUGAAGAAGGAGAAAAACAGAGCAAACGUUUUAGGCCACCAAAAAUGUCUUGCAGAGAAUCUGCCCCACUGACCUCUUCCUCGCCUCCAGUAAGCCAGGAGUCACUGUUGGUCAGAGAGAAGUUCAUCCCUCCUGAGCUCAGCAUCUGGGACUACUUCAUUGCCAAGCCCUUUCUACCCCCUUCCCAAAGUCGAGCAGAAUAUGAUUCCGAGGAGAGUCUGGAAAGUGAGGAGGAGGAGGAGGACGAGGCUUCCUCUGCGGAUUUCCAUCUCCAAGAACAUUCAAAUUCAAACUCGUAUAGUUGGUCUCUGAUGCGAUUGGCAAUGGUACAAUUGGUGCUGAACAAUUUGAAGACUUUCUAUCCCUUUGCAGGUCAUGAUCUUGCAGAACUUCCGGUCAGCUCACCUCUUUGUCAUGCGGUUCUUAAAACUCUUCAAUGUUGGGAACAAGUUCUGUUCCGACGCCUGGAAAUCCAUGGUGGGCCACCUCAAAACUAUAUUUCAAGUCAUACUUCUGAAGACACUUCAUCUGCAGGUCCUGCAAUUCUCCGCCACAAAGCUUUGCUGGAACCUGCAAACACUCCUUUCAGAUCCAAACAUCACUUGGCACUUUCUGUGAAGAGGCUUUGGCAGUAUUUGGUGAAGCAGGAAGAAAUUCAGGAAACCUUUAUCAGAAAUAUAUUUACCAAGAAACGAUGUCUAAAUGAGUCGGUAGUGGACAGCACUGAAAUCAUCAAAAAUUCUAUGCUGGAGGAGCCAAGCAUCAAUAAGAUAGAAGCGGAUUUGGGAUAUCCUGGAGGUAAAGCAAGAAUUAUUCAUAAAGAAUCUGAUAUCAUUACUGCAUUUGCUGUUAAUAAAGCAAAUAGAAACUGCAUAGCAGUUGCUUCCAGUCAUGAUGUUCAAGAACUGGAUGUUUCUGGAAUUCUGGCUACACAGAUCUAUACUUGGGUGGACGAUGAUAUAGAAACAGAAGCCAAAGGGUCGGAAGAGUUUUUGGUUAUCCAUGCCCGUGAUGACUUAGCAGCUGUUCAAGGCACCACUCCCUAUACGCACAGCAACCCCGGCACGCCCAUCAACAUGCCUUGGCUUGGCAGCACGCAGACUGGCAGAGGUGCCUCUGUGAUGAUUAAGAAGGCCAUUAAUAAUGUCAGAAGAAUGACGUCUCAUCCAACUCUGCCUUACUAUCUAACAGGAGCUCAAGAUGGAAGUGUCAGAAUGUUUGAGUGGGGCCAUUCUCAACAAAUAACCUGUUUUCGGGCUGGUGGCAAUUCAAGAGUUACAAGAAUGAGAUUUAACUAUCAGGGAAAUAAGUUUGGAAUAGUUGAUGCUGAUGGAUAUUUAAGUUUGUACCAGACAAAUUGGAAGUGUUGUCCAAUUACUGGAAGCAUGCCCAAACCAUACCUGACGUGGCAGUGUCACAACAAGACAGCCACUGACUUUGUCUUCCUGAGUUCCUCUUCCCUGAUAGCGACUGCAGGUCUCUCAACUGACAGUAGAAACGUAUGUUUAUGGGAUACUCUUGUAGCACCAGCCAAUAGCUUAGUCCAUGCCUUUACCUGCCAUGACAGUGGAGCCACAGUGUUAGCAUAUGCUCCAAAGCAUCAGCUUCUGAUAUCAGGAGGAAGAAAAGGCUUCACCUGUGUGUUUGACCUCCGCCAGCGACAACAGAGGCAGCUUUUCCAGAGUCAUGACUCGCCUGUGAAAGCCAUCGCUGUCGACCCAACUGAAGAAUACUUUGUUACGGGAUCCGCAGAGGGCAACAUCAAGAUUUGGAGUCUGACUUCCUUUAGUCUGCUGCACACUUUUAUCAACGAACAUGCCCGUCAGUCCCUUUUUAGGAACAUUGGAGCUGGGGUGACACAGAUUGAAACAGGGCCAGCAAAUCAUAUUUUCUCCUGUGGAGCGGAUGGAACAAUGAAGAUGAGAAUACUACCGGAUCAGUUUAGCCCCUUGAAUGAAGUGCUGAAAAAUGAUGUGAAAUUUAUGCUGUAACAUUUUCACAAUAAGGUGUAUAAUUUAUUGCCUAUUUCAUGAACGUGGCCAAGGUGUAAUAUAUAGCAGUCAUGCUGUGUGCCACACGCGCCAAUGCUUUCUGGUUCUUACUGUUAAUGAUGGAGCUUUGCCCUGGAUGCACUGAUGCCUUAAAAGUUAGCAAGGUCAUUCAGAAUUAGAUCACAUUGCUGAGGUAGAAUGUAUAAGGAGACUGUAAUAAUACAUAUUGAUAGUAUGUCAUAGUGUUAGAGGAGCUUUGUUUUCUUAUUGAUAAACUUCUGCAGAUAUCUCUGCAUGAAUAUCUUUCACAGGAAAGAUGUCCUUUAUGUAAAAGCAUUUGCACAAAAUACUCGCCACAUGUCACUUCCUUGAUCAGACUUACACAUUUCAGAUGCUAAUGAUAGAUUGACAUUUGGGUAAAAAUAAAGUAACAACAUCUUCCUUAAAACUGUCAUUGGGACUGCAAUGAUAAAUGAGCCAAAUGGCUCGUGUCAGUCCUGCCCUGGAGCCCGAGUGUGUGUGUAUGUGUGUGUAGAUACGUGUGUAUAUAUGUGGCUAUGUACAUGUAUAUAUAUAUCUUACACAUCUUAUUUAAAGUUAGAGUGUAUAUAAGUGAAACUGUAAGUCUUUUGAUGUGUUUUUGUGCCAUAACAGUUACUGCCACCAGAAUAACAACAUUUUUUUUGCAAAGGGUUUUUGGCUUUUUUUUUAAGUGUGUGGAUUUUCAUCCUAAUUUUCAAAUUCUAAGACUUCUAGGAUUAUGAUUUUGGAGAUUACUUUUGAUUCAGUGAGUCUUCAUAGGCAAUAAAGAUUCUAUGUUGGCAUAUAUAAGAUACUUAAAAAGUAAAUAUAGGAAUUUGAUAUAGGGUUUUUGAACAUCAGAUAAACAUUUUACUUAAAUUUUAUUUUUGUUUUUCUGAUUUUUUAGGUGCUUUUUAUCGCAAAAAUCUGAAAACCUUAUAGCAGUGUUUUUAGAAACAAAUGUGAAAAUAGUCAAAUUAAUAGGCAGUAUUUACAAAUGUAAAAUACCCUCUACAUCUACCAUUAAUAGAAAAAUAAAUGUUAUAUUUUAUUAUUUUGCCAAAUAUAUUAUUUUAUUAUAAAAUAUGACCAAAAUACUUAAAAUGCACAAUGCUUUUAACUUAAAUAUGCUAACCCCAUUUAUGUCUCUUUUGUGCUAUAUGUUUUCUGAUUCAAAAUAAUAGAAAACUUGAUUUUAACCAGUGAGUCUAGAGGCAGAUGGGACUAAGUAUAUAAGGAACAGUUGUGUACUAUUUAGCCUAAAUAUAUUUUGUUUAGUAGGAACUAUGAAACAAGCAUUUUUAUGUAAUGAAAUAUGGACAAGUAUUAUCUUGAAAAUUAAAGAGUAAAUAAAGAAAUGAAGGGCUGGUAAUAUGAAUUUUGUAAUAUCCUCAGGAUACUUUUAUUAUAAAAUUAUAAAAGUAUAUUGUUAAAGAUUUUGUAAACUGUAUUUCAUAGUUUAAGUGUGUUGAGCAAGUUGCGGAGAAAACACUGUCGUUAUAGAGUUUUUAUGCACAGAAUAACCUAUGCUUGUACAUUGUGCAAUAACAGUAUGAUUAUUUGCCAUGGAAAAAUCUGUGAGAGCAUCUCAAACAAUACUAUUGUUUGAUGUAGUUAAGGUUAAGUUAUUUUCCAGUGCUUUCUUCACGAAUCAAGAUUCAGAAGACUUCAAAACACUUUCAGUGAGAGAAAAACUUGCUAUUAUGCUUAAUAGGACAAGAGGCAUUGUGGACGAACAAUUCAGCAUUUUAACUGAGGGUUUAUAUGAAUUACUACAAAUCAUGGAAGUCCAUAUGUAUUUACAUCCAGAGUCAUAAUAUUUUAAAUAAACAAUCAUGCAGUGA